AUGAAAGAUCAUUAUUUAACUGAACAGCAUCAACACGCUAUAACUAAAGUUGUUCAUCAAAUAUUAUCGCAAUUAAACGAUAGACAAAUAGAUAGUGAUCUUUCUCGAAUAACAAGUGCAGGAGAUUGUAAUCCAGCCACAGCUCAAUUACAAGAGCUUUAUGAAAUGCUCAACAUCUUGUCUGGUGGUAUUGAAACUUUGAACAGUGAUCAACAACGUCUAAGCAAUGAAUCACUUCAAACUCAAAUUACACUUCCAACAUUGACAGAAGAACUAUCGAGAGUUAAAUUAUCGAUUGAAGAAUCAAAUGAUUUUUUGGAGGGAGUGAAACAUAAUCAAGAUAUUCUCAAACAAGAUUUAGCAUCACUUCAAGAAAAAAUCAGUGAUUUGCAACAUGUUUCACAUGAUGGAACAUUUGUAUGGAGAAUUACAAACUUUAAAGAGAAAAUGAUUGAUGUGCAGUCUGAAAGGCAAACAUCUAUUUAUUCACCUCCAUUUUAUUCAUCUCAAACUGGCUAUAAAAUGAGAGCUCGUCUGUAUUUAAAUGGUGAUGGAAACGCUCGUCAUACACACAUGUCACUCUUUUUUGUGCUUAUGCGAAGUUUCAACGAUCCGAUUCUCAAAUUUCCGUUCAACCACAAAGUCACAUUUUGUUUGUACGAUCAAACGCCUGCACAGCGACAUAUUCUUGAUUCAUUUCGACCAGACAUUCGAUCGAAUAGUUUUCAGCGACCUCGAUCGGAUAUGAAUAUAGCCAGUGGUAUACCAAAAUUUUUGCCAUUGGAAAUGAUUCAACAGGAAGGAAAUCCUUAUGUACAAGACGAUACAAUGUUCAUCAAAAUUAUGGUUGAUUUUGGAGACACACCAAAAACACUAUUACCUUACGCUGUGAGUCUCAAUCCGGGUCUACCAACUCAUAUUCAACAAGCGCUGAUCAAGCAAGAAGCAGAAAGAAGAUCUCAACAGCAGCCUGGCGAACAAUCGCAGAUACCUCCAGAAUAG